GUUUGGGAUGAAAGACGUUGCGCUGCGUCUGACUAUGCUUCUAAAUUAGGGUUCAGAUUGGCCUCCCAUCCCCGUAAACACCAAUCAAGAACAAACAAACAAACAAAAUAUGAGCACUAGGUAACAGCAUUACCAUGAAAUAUUGUAGGUACGGUCUAAAGAAACUAACUGAAGUGUCAUUAUCAAAUAAAUAUAUUACCGCAUAAUCUCAAAUCUCAAAGGGUAAGUCUAGGAAGUGAAAGAACAGAGAGCCUGGUCCGGAGAUUCGUUUUAUUAUACUCGACUACUUCUUGAGGCUCGUAAAUUUUUAUUUUAAUUCAGUUUGGUCAACUAAAUAAGCAUUAUAAAUUAUAAGGAGGGGUGGUGGCUUGUCUUUAGCAUCCCAUGGUCUAAGAUGAAAAGGAAUUAUAAAAUUAUUUCUUUCAGUUCCUUCCUUAACUUGUUCUUUAAUCUGUUGGCAAGAAGUCAAUCACCUCAACACAUAACUCUUUGCUGCCAAAAGAUUGAGAAGGAAAGAAAGAAAGGACAAAUUCCAUUGUAAAUCAAAAUAUGGAUGCCAGGUUGCUGGAGGCAGCUCAAAGUGGAAACAUAGUUUACUUGCACCAAUUACUAGCAGAAAAUCCACUCAUCCUCCUCAGUACUGCACUGUUUUCAUCAGAAAAUCCUCUUCACAUUGCUUCCAUUGCCGGGCAUGUUGACUUUGUCAAAGACCUGUUAAGGCUGAAACCAGAAUUUGCUCAAGAAUUAAACCAAGAUGGCUAUAGUCCCAUGCACAUGGCAGCAACCAUCGGGCAUGUGGAGAUUGUAAGAGAGCUGGCAAAAGUUGACAGCAGACUAUGCCGUGUACGGGGAAAACAGAAGAAGACUCCUCUUCACUUAGCAGCUAUCAAAGGAAGGGCUGAGGUAACAAGUGUAAUGCUUAUGUCUUGUCCUGAUUGUAUUGAAGAUGUAACUGUUCGAGGAGAGACUGCUGUGCACCAGGCUGUUAAGAACAACCAAUUUCAUGCAGUAAAUGUAUUGGUGGACUGGAUCAGGGGAACGAACAGGGAAGAAAUGUUGAACGUGAAGGAUGAAUUAGGCAACACAGUUCUGCACCUUGCAGCCUGGAAAAAACAGCGUCAGGUAAUAGAGUUGUUACUUGGUGCUGCUACUAUUCGCUCAGGCAUUUUGGAAGUGAAUGCCAAGAACAACAGCGGCCUCACUUGCCUUGAUUUGCUAUUGAUUUUCCCAAGUGAGGCAGGUGAUGCAGAGGUAAUCGAAAUCCUUCGAGGUGCUGGAGCAUUGCAAGCGAAAGACAUCAGCCAUUCUCCCAUUUCUUCAUUUCAGUAUGUCAAUCAGAUCACCGCAAGUACUUCUACUCAGAUCACCCCAAGCACUUCUACUGCAUCUGAGACAUGUCAAACACCACAUCCAAAUAACUUAGUCAAUUACUUUAAGUUCAAGAAGGGUCGAGACUCUCCCAGUGAGGCUCGGAGUGCAUUACUAGUUAUUGCAGUUCUAGUCUCAACUGCAACUUUCCAAGUUGGAAUUAGCCCUCCAGGAGGAGUUUGGCAAGACAGUUAUAUUCCAGAUGGAAGCAACAGCACAAGAUCCAUCAUUAAAAAAGCACAUUAUGCAGGGGAAUCAGUUGUUGCUACAUCUGAUCCAAUUGCAUUUGCAAUCAUUGUGCUUUUCAACACAAUAGGAUUAGCAGUGUCUCUUUUUAUGAUCAACAUCCUGACAAGUAGGUUCCCCUUGCAAUUUGAGCUACAAAUAUGCAUGGUUGCAAUGUAUUCUACUUACAACACUGCGUUGGUAAACAUGUCACCAGAUGAAAUCAAGCUUUACGUUAUUUUGACAACAGUAUUACUGUCUUCAAUUGCACCAAUUAUAGCCAAACUGAUAAGAUUACACGCAAAAAGGGUCACAAGAUCUGUAAUAGAGACCGUAUGCCUCGUCGUUCAAGCAAUAAUGGGUUUACUGGGUUAAAAAUAGCACGCAGAAGUUGGAGUUCUGGAGUCUAAUUAUUUUCUGGCUAAUCACUGCACAAGAAGAGGACUAGAUAGCAACAUGAGCUUGAAGCAUUCAAGAUCCUAGCUAUAAUGCGUUAAUAGUCAAGGUUAAUGGGCUGUUGGCUGAGCAAUUAGAGGCAAAUGGAUUAGUAAUAAGACAAUUGUGCUAUAUAGUAGUUUGUUAGGAAUGAUUUGAUAUAUAAGAGCUGUCAUGUGUUGUAAACACUAGUGAAUAAUGGAGCUCUAAUCAUAUUUCAGAAA